AUGGCGAUGGACGUGCUUGUGGCUCCCCUCUACCAGGGCUCUGAGAUUUCCACUGGUAACAGGCCCAGGGUAGGCUUGGGCCUGGGUGCCAAAAAAGCCUUGCUCUCAUGCGGAAACACCAGCCAACUGGACCCAGCUCGGACCAAACUCACCACCAUCGAGACCAAGAGGAUCAUUGCUGUUCUGGAUGAAACCAUCCACAAGGUAGAGCUGAUCACGCUGCUGUCGGCAGCCGCGUACAACCCCGAGAGUCUGGAGGGCCUGUGGGAUGACGACACCAUAAACGCCGUCCGAGAACACGAGGACCUGUGCAACAGCCUCCUGGAGCAGGUGAACCUGGUCAGAGAAGAGGAGGAAGAGGCUGAAGUGAUGGCCGAAGAUCAGCUGCAGCUCCAAGUGGAGGAGCACAAACAGAGGAUCACACUCCUCAAAGACGAGGUUAAGAGCUCUGCCCGCAACACCCUGAGGAUCUUCCUGAUCAACAUCCCAGCCGGGGAAAUCUUUCGGACCCACAUCGUGGGGAGAAGCGAGGAGGCCGAUGUUUUUCUCCAAAGCCUGAUUGAAUUCAGAAACUUUGUGUUCGAGAAGCUCCUCACCAGCCCCAUGGAGGAGAAGGAGAAGGUCGAAUUCAUGAACGAAAUCAUUCUCAGGGACAAGAAGAACACCGAGAUGAUCCAGGAUCUCGAGUCACAGCUCUCUAGCACCAUCAAAUCCAGGGAUACCCAGGUAGAGAAGGAAAACUUCGUGAUCCGGGAACUUAAAAGCCACCUGCACCAGGUGCUCAAGUUCUCUGAAAGCCACCUCCUGCGCACCAAGCAAGAGGCCAAGAAGCAGCAGAAGGCCGAGCUGAGGGCCUCUCAGAUCCGCAUCACAAAGAUCCAACAGGAUAUCCUCAUGCUCAAGACCCAGUACCAUAAUCUCACUAUGGAGAACCGGGAGAGCGAACAGGGGCUCAGAAAGAAGAAAUAUAAACUAGAGACAGAAAUAGAGAACUGGAUCCAAAAAUAUGAUACGGAGAUGGGAGAAAAGCAGGCUGAAUUAGAAGAGCUGGACGAGAUCUAUACGGAGGAGAAGGCCCAGUUGGCAGAGCUGAGGACAAAGCAUGCGGUCUUGGUUGAGGAGUUUGUCCAGAUCAGGGACGAGAGACUCAUCAGCUCCAAGAAGAAGCUAGAGGCCGAGCAGGAGAUGGCCCUCAUGGUGCGGGCUGCCACCCUCAUCCAGGCCUUCUGGAAGGGCUAUUUGGUCAGGUCGUUACUGAAGUCAAAGCGGAAGAAGAAAGGCAAGGGCAAAGGCAAAGGCAAAGGCAAAAAAUAAGGCACUGCCCAGGGGCUCCUCAGGUGGGAACUGCUCUGUGCCUCCAGCACUCGUGGCUCUUUUCCCUCCCUGCCCCUUCUCUGUCCAUCCUUC